AUGGAAAAGGUUAGUGAAGCCGAGGAGAAGCCUAUUGAACAAGAAAGCAACUCAUCAGUUACGGAGACGAGGAGUGAUAAGGAAGAUGAAAGGAUCAUGAUCAGAGGCACAAUCUCUGAAGAAGGCUCUAUGGAUCCAUCUAACUCACACACAAUCACCUUUGAAGAUUAUGAUGAUGACAGUGACUAUGAGAUGGAAGACGGGAAGGUUCUUGAGCUUUUCAGACGUAAAAACAGUGUGAGACCUGAGGUCACCGAGACAAACAACUUCCCAGACCUAGACGCAGUGACUCUGAAUUCACCAAUACUUGAAGGAAUCAAGUCAUCAUCAUCAUCAAACGAGGACACUGAGGAUGAUUCAUCAAGCAACUCAGACCUUGACACCAGCCUCUCCAGGUAUUAUUUUGACGGGUCUUUACCGUUUUCAUCCCAUGUGGAAGAAUCUGAAACUCAUCAAGAUGAGUGUUCUGUACCUAAAGAUGAAAACAAGAUACCUCUAUUGUGCCCUUACCAACCUGUGCAGCAACCAACUCCGUGGAGGAAUUGCUGUGGACUCCUUCAGCUUCUCCGAUCUGCUAAUCCAUAA